AUGCCCCCCGACCCACUAGUUAGCAUAUAUCAGCAGUACAAACAGGGGACAGACUUUGUCGCCUCUUGGCUCGCCUCUACUGCCAAAUCAUGCGGCUACUCCACUGGUGACACAGCGCCUUCGGUGUCGAAUACUGGCCAAGAAAAGAAGAAUGCGAAGCGCAAAGGCAAACAAUCUGCGAAGGAAACCACCUUCAAGACUGUCGUUGCUAUCAAAGACUUUGUCCCUAUGGCCAAAAUCAUCUCUUCGCACAAACCUAGCAUCAAGGUUUCCCAGUUUUUCCUCAAGACCCUCGACAUGGUCAUCGAAAUGAGAUCUGGCUUCGGAAAACACUUGGCUGAGAGUGGUGUUGCUCUUGAUAAGCUUUCAGACCGAUCUCAUGGUCAUUUUGUCGAUGUCCUUCGACAGGUUCAAGAGGUUCUUCAGCCCUGUUGCUCCUCUCCAGAUGAAACAGCGUCAUCCCCUGAUCCAGUAGUGGAGCAAAUUACCAAUCCAUUCGAUCAGCUUGAGCUAUUUGAGCCCUCGCAGAAGUUUCUCUCCACUCAAGCGAUUCCCAAGUCCGAGUUUCCCAUCGAUCAAAACCAAUAUGAAGCUGAAGUCCUAUCCUCGAGAGACGACGCCGUAGCGGCAUUUACGUUGCUUGUCAAGGAUCUGGAUUUGAUCAGGAAAAGUGUAAUGGGUAUUUGGUUGGCCCAGGUCGAUGAUAGGCUUGACCUUGCAUCUUGUGCCGUUGCCACCAACACUGCCUUUGACUUUGCCAGAAGCCUGAUCGCUCAAGUUGAACCAGACCUACAAGAAUACGGAGGUGCUCGCGGAGUCUGGAGAUUGAUGUUUGAGGACUUCAAUCAAAGCGGAAAAUGCACGGAGGAGUAUCUCAUCGAGUACAGAAAUCUCUGCGCAAGGGAAAACUUUUACGCCACUGGCUUUCUUGUCUACUUCGACCCCCUCGACAUGAUCGAAUCAUUCGCCAAGGAAAUACCUCCCAAGCACGACGCCGUCGUCAAAACAGGAUACACCGGAAUACCUUCUCCUUUCAAGCCCCUUGAGUCCAAGCACAGCCCCGGAAAGCUCGAACACGACAAGGAAAAGAUUGCAGCGCUCUAG